GUCAGCGUAAUCAAUGUUUUUCUUGUUGAGUUAACAAGAAUUUAAAACUUUUGUUUUUUUAUAACUUGUUUAAAAAUUGACAAUAUAUAUUUAACUAUCAAUAGUUAAAAAUGGGUUUAUUCUUUUCAAAGAAAAAACCUCAAAGCCGAGUAACGGAACACGAUAAGGCAGUAUUACAAUUAAAGCAAGCGAGAGAUAAGAUAAAACAGUAUCAAAAAAGAAUUGAACAAAAUAUUGAAAAAGACAGAGAAUUAGCCAAAAAAUUGAUCAAAAAUGGGAGAAAAGAACGAGCUCUUUCUCUUUUGCGUAAAAAGAAAUUCCAAGAACAAGUACUCUCCAAGACUGAUGGCCAAUUAGAAAAUCUAGAAAGAAUGGUUCAUGAUUUAGAAUUUGCACAAAUUGAAACUAAAGUUAUUGACGGUCUAAAAAUAGGCAACAUUGCUUUGAAAAAACUACACGAUAUUCUGUCGAUCUCAGAAAUAGAAAAAGUUAUGGACGAAACAAAAGAAGGCAUAGAAAAACAACGAGAAAUCGAUGAAUUAAUAUCUGGAGAACUGACUGCAGAAGAUGAAGACGAAGUUGUAGCUGAACUUGAUGCAUUGUUUGACCAAGAAACCACAGAAACAAUGCCUGAAGUUCCAGAGAAUGUGUUACUGCCUGAUGUACCUGACGAUGAAGUUAAAAAAGAAAAGAAAGAACGAGCGGGAAAAGAGUCUGAACCUGUUGCUCUUGAAGCAUGAGUUAUGAUUGCAUUUCUUCAUGAUUACACAAAAUAGAAGAUUUCAAAAGUUUGCGCAACGAUGAAUGUAUAUAAUGUACAGUUUCAAUAUUGAAAAAACAAAUAACUUAUAAAUAAAUUUGUAUAAGCACUGACUGUAAUAAUUCAGAGCUGAAUUUUAACAAUGUAGAACGGAGUUUUUAUCAACUUCAGAUGCCCAAAGAACUUGAGGUAAUUUGAAUAAAUAUUUAAUUAAUUUUUAUUUUAUUAAUAAAUUUAUGAAUCGAUAAAAACUUUACAUUUAAUAUAAAUUAUUUUAACAAAUAUAAUUUUUAAGUGUUAAAAAUAUUUUUAUCUUGAAAAAUUAUAAUAUAACAAUUGUAACUAUAAUCUUUAAUAUAA